UCAGUCUGGAUAUGACUCUUCGCGGUAGCAGUUCAUUGGCUUAAAUCGUUUGCGGAAAUAGAUACAUAAUUUAUUUUUUCGAAGUAAAUUAUUUUAAUUAGUGAAAGACAAAAAAGAUUUUUCAAUAGAAACUAGAACCUUUUUAUGUUCAUAAGCAGUUAAAAGUGUACUUUAGAAGGAAGAAGAGAACAAUAAAAUGGAGUUUUUGCUAAGAACAAUAUUUGAUUACGGUUUAACGCUUAUAGGAUUUUGGGCAUUGUUCUGUUGGUCAAUAGACAAUUUCAGAUCAGUUAUUCAGAUAAUUAAAAGCAUAUUAAUGCCAUAUUUUCAACCAUACGAGAACAAAACAUUAGCUGAAAAAUAUGGAAAAUGGGCUGUUAUCACUGGUUCAACGGAUGGCAUUGGUCGUGAAUACGCAAAAGAACUUGCUGCUCAAGGAAUGAAUAUAGUUCUUGUUUCAAGAACAGAAUCAAAGCUUGUAGAAGUUGCAAAGGAUAUAGAGUCAACAUACUCUGUGAAAACAAAAUAUAUUAUUGCUGAUUUUGGAAAUGGAAAAGAAAUUUACGAUGACAUCCGUCAACAAUUGCACUUGCUAGAUGUUGGUAUUCUUGUAAAUAAUGUUGGUCGUAUGUAUGACUUUCCUGAUGAACUUGAUAAUAUAUCAGAAAACCUUUUAUGGCAAAUUAUCAACAUAAAUGUUGCUGCUGUAACGAUGAUGUCAAGAAUAAUAAUACCUCAAAUGAAAGUAAAUAAACGUGGAAUUAUUGUAAAUAUUUCGUCGGGAAGUGAGUUACAACCAGUACCGUUGAUGACAGUUUACGCUUCAACAAAGGUUUAUGUCAAAAACUUUACAUUAGCUUUAAGCAAAGAGCUUGAGGGCUAUAAUGUUCAGGUACAAUUAGUGACGCCUUUGUUUGUACAAACAAAAAUGAAUAAUUACUCAACGACUGUGAUGAAAGGAAAUAUUCUGGUUCCUGAUGUCAAAUCAUAUACGAAGUCAGCUGUAUUUACUCUCGGGAGAAGUUUUAAGACAACUGGUUAUUGGAGUCAUGGCUUACAAUAUGGAACUAUGAAACUGAUUCCUGAAUACAUUAGAACUUUAUUCUCUUUUUCAAUGAACAAAAAAUUUCGUCAAGAAUAUUAUAAUCAACAAAAAAAUGCUGCUGUUGAAUGAUUGUUAAUUAUAUCAAAGAUCAUUAGAGAUUUUUUCGCCAUUAUUUACCAAUAUUAUUUAAGGAAUAAUUUUUAUGUUGUCAUAUAGAAACUUUAUAUAUAGUAUAAACAGGAAGCAUAUAAAAUGCAAAAGUUUUGAAAAUAUCUAAAUAAAUAUUGAUAAAUUACAAACAGUUAUUUGAAAGGUCUUUUUACUCUUCAUAAUCAA